AUGUCAAGUUGGUAUCUCGUUUUUCUUGCCCUUGCUCUCCUCACCACCCUAAACUUGGUUCUAUUAUUUGUUCCUCUUCCAUCCUUCUUGAGGACAAAACUCGUUAGAAAAUUGGAUUCUGGAAAGGCAAUUUUCUUAGGCUUGUUGGUUGUCUUUUUAGUGUUGGCUUUCUUCUGCUAUUCGGAUAUGAAUAAGUAUCAUCUUGAGAAGGCUACUGCAAAGACCUUUGAGUUGGAAGCACAGAGACAAAUGAAGGAAUUUAGAGCACAGAGAAACUUUUACAUGUCCAUGAUCGGAGCAGUUUUGUCUUUGAUCACUUUAGGAGUUAAUAUGAAGGAAAAGAAGAUUAUUGAUUUGGAGGAUAAGGUUCAACUAAAACAAAGGGAAUCUAAUACCAAGGAAACAAAGGAAGUUGAAUCAUCGAAGGACAAGUAA